AUGGGUAAUCAAGUUCAAAAUAAUCCACAAAUUAACAUAAAUAGUUGCAGCAUGAACACCAAUAAUUCAACUCAACCAACAAUAUCCAAUAUUGACAAUCAAAUUAAUAGAAACAAUAUGGCUGUUAACGAACAAUCCAAAUUUGUACAAGAACCAGUUAGAGGCAAGAAUAUUAUGGGACCUCCAACAAAUAUUUCCAAUAAUGAUUGCGCUAAAGUUAAUAUGGGUAACAACGAUAAACCAAAUCAUACUAUAUCAGUCAGUAAUCAACUAGGUUACAUGCAAAUGAAUCCACCGAAUGGUAAUAGAAUUAUCAAUCUUCCGGAAAGAAGCAGGUUAAAUAAUACAAACCUAGAAAAUAAUGUCAAUCAACAUGUACCACAGCAACAUAACAUUCGUGUUGUGACCAAUAACAACACAAAUAAUAUGUCUGGAAUUACAAAUGAUUCUAUGACAUACCAACAAAAAAGUGAAAGUAGCACCAUGAUAAAUGUGCCUUUCCAGGCUAUACCUAAUAGUGCCCCAAUGAAUAUCAAUGUCAAUUCCAGCAACAAUACCGUCAACAUAACAGUUCAAAACAAUUUGGUGGAUCCCAAGAUUGCGUCUAAAGCUGCAGCAGAUUUAAAUUUCCCAUUGCAAUCUACUGAUAAUAUGAUUUGCAUACCUGUCCAGAAUAACACCAUUAGCUUACCGACCCAAAACAGUUCAAGUAUUACACUACCCAAGGCACCGUCUACUCAACAAUCCGGUAUUCCAACCAAUGUCGUAAACCCUAUGUCAAUGCGGCCGAUGAAUAGAGUAUUACCUUUACAUCGUGACGGACAAAGUAAAUCUUCUAAAACUUCGGGAACUAAAACACCAACUGUUCCCAAACAAAGACCCGUAAACCAAGAUAUGCCAGAUCUCAACAUGAAAGAUGAAAACAUGGAUAGUGAUCUUGAAAAAGCUAUAGAGGAAUCUAAGAAAUUGAUGGAAUUAGAAAAGGCAAAACGAGAAAAGGAAGAAAGAGAUGCUGCGCGAGCUGUGAAGUUAUCUACUGAAAUACAACAAGCGAAUACUAGUUCCACAUCGUCGGCAGUUCUUGUUAACAGAAUCGAUACAGUAGUAAAUGUACCAAAAAUGACAUCUCUGCCCAGUUUAGAUGAAGAGAUGGAACAGGAGCCAGCAAAAGUCUUAACAGAAAAAGAUACAAACAAAACUGUCAUUCCAUCAAAACUGACGAAUGCUACUACUAAAGUAUUAAAAAGGCCUUUAGUUGACAAAAAGGCUGAUACUGAAGUAACGACUGCUACUAAGAAACAGAACAAGGUUUUGAAAGGUCAAGAAAAUAAGUUUUCUCAACCUAAACAAGUGCCAACACCACCUAAAGAUGACGGCCCAAAAUUGAUAUACGAAGUAUCUUCAGAAGACGGAUUUAAUUAUUCUUCGUCCUCACUAACCGACUUAUGGUCAAAAGUAAUUGACGCCGUGCAGAAUGCCCGGAAGCAAUCUGGCUUGCCUCUCAUUCAGUAUAAUCUACCAACGACCCUGUCUGGCGCACAUUUACUAGGAUUAAAUAAUAACGCCUUAAGAUACCUCAUUGAACAGCUGCCAGGAGCAAAUCGUUGCUCCAAAUACAAAAUACGUCAGGGUCGUCCUCUUAACAGCUGGGACAAUGACUUGGACCUCAGCGAAGGGUUCAAAGAAAGUCCCUGGGGCAGCGCAAGAACCGGCCCAGUUUCAAGGAAACAGAAUCACGAUAUGUUCAGCUGGAUGGCUUCCCCGUUCAGAGAAGAACCACCUCCUUUUGGUGGUCAAGAAGGAGAAAGUACCAUCUCAAGACGCUUAGCAACUCUUCCACCAGCGAUGAGAUUCAGGCAGUUAAAAGAAACAUCGAAGGCCUCCGUUGGCGUAUACAGAUCUCACAUUCACGGUCGCGGACUAUUCUGCAAGAGAGAUAUUGAAGAAGGCGAUAUGGUGAUUGAAUACGCUGGUGAAGUCAUCCGAGCCGUUUUGGCCGAUCAGCGUGAGAAGAAGUACGAGGCGAUGAGCGGCCGCCGCGGUGUGGGAGGCUGCUACAUGUUCCGUAUAGACGACAACCUGGUUGUAGACGCCACGCUCAAGGGAAACGCGGCCAGAUUCAUCAACCACUCGUGUGAUCCGAACUGCUACUCCCGCGUCGUAGAUAUCCACGGACAUAAACACAUCCUCAUCUUCGCUUUAAGACGCAUAACUAUUGGAGAAGAACUUACCUACGACUACAAGUUCCCGUUCGAAGAAGUCAAAAUCCCAUGUACAUGCGGCGCCAAGAAGUGUCGUAAAUAUCUAAAUUAA